CUUUAAUGUUGCUUUUUCCUCACAUAACAGCACUUUUCCCAGUUAGUCAUUAUGUUAUGUGUUCCUGUGCUGCAUAAGUAGAUCUCAUCCCCCCCCCCCCAUUUUCCCCUCUGUAGAAACAUUUAUAUCAUGCAUAUUGUCUUCAUGUGUCUCCAUCAGUCACUGUAUCAAAUUGAAUCAGUAUCUUCCUUCAUGGCUCGCUUCUUACUGCAAAAGAUAUCCAAGAAAAGUUUAUCGUAGGACAAGGUGCUCAUUUUCUAACCAAACACAUAUGAACAGUGAUGUCCUGCUGCUCCUGCAUUUAUGGUGACCAUCUUAGUACUGCAAAAUCUACGAUGAAUUUCCUGCUUCAUGAGGUACCCACUUGCUACCAUAUCUUGAUUGUCUCUGCGUUAUGAGUACUACAGUAGCUUCAAAUCCUGCAGUUGACUAAGGCCAUCAGAACAAAAGGAAUAUUUAUAGAGAGAAUUGAAAGUUGACAAUCGUGUGAAAAAUUGAGCUUUUCUCUUAACUCUGCAAUCAAAACUCAUCAGCGAUAUAAAAAUGGAAUUAUUUAUAUGAACCUGACAAGUUUCAAUCUUGAUUGAAUCUGAAUUGGGAGUGAACAUGCUGAGGAGAUUGAGUGUAUCUAUACGUAGAGACCGGUGUCGAAGUGGGUAUGGGGGCGAUAAUCUUACCCCCAUACGACGGAAAAGGACUCUCAGUCUACCAGAGAGUAGUCUACGAUACAGGAGGAGAGAGAUGGAGGGGCAGUUAUACUGCGAGGAACACACACCAAAAGAAAAACCUCCGGUAAAUGGAGGUGUCGCUGUAAAGAAAAACGAUGCAGAAUUAGAUUUCUUUGAGUUCCUCGAAAAGAUACAGAGUGAUAGAUUAGAUGAGCAAAGAUGUUCAUUACCAGUCGUACUCCAGCCUUCUUUCAGCUCACCCUCACCAAAACCAAAGGUUAAAGCAAAAAAAUCAAAUACAGAUAAGAUCAAAGAGUUAUUAAAGAAAGAGGGACCCUACCCGUCCAUAGUCCAACCGACUGAUCGAGGCUACUGGCUCGAUGGAUCAAUCACCCUCAAUGCAGAUGACACCAGGUCAGAGAAAGAUGUCGAUACUAGCCUCGACGAAGAAGCCUGCAGUAUGGUCACGUCGUCAUCGCUCAACGGAAGUUUGUCGGCGGUUGGGGAUAUCUCGCCAUCACCGUCAUGCUCAUCAAUUCCAUUCCCUCUUCAGUUGGAGUUUGAUGAUAGUAAUCAGAUGUAUAGAAAAUACUUCCUUGGAAAGGAGCAUUUUAACUACUUUGCCCAAGAUGAGGACCUAGGUCCAUUAGUGUUAUCAGUGAAGCAUGAAACGAUAGGCACUGAGGAUGCAUUGAGAGUGGUACUCAGGUCUAAAGCCGGUACUAUCCAUGAUCUUCUUGCUGUCUCAACGCUUGGAGACUCACCGAUACCAGCAAGAAUCGCAAAGACGCUGUGUGACAGUAUUACAACAGAAAGAUAUCAACCAGUACUUUUUCCAAAGGGUUCCGAGCUUAUUGUAAGCUACGAUGAACACUCCUUCGUCAACAAGUUUAAGUUUGGUGUGGUCUACCAGUGCUUCGGCCAAUCAACGGAGGAGGAGAUGUUUGGUAAUAGGAACUCAAGCCCCGCACUUGAUGAGUUCCUAGAGAUGCUAGGAGAUAAGGUGGAGCUCAAAAAUUUCUCAGGUUUUCGAGGAGGUCUAGAUGUAAAUCACGGCCAAACCGGCACUCAUUCCAUUUAUUGCAAGUACCACAAUAAUGAAAUCAUGUUCCAUGUUUCAACCAUGCUUCCCUAUACAGAAGGAGAUGCACAACAGCUCCAAAGGAAGAGACACAUUGGUAACGACAUUGUAGCGAUCAUCUUCCAGGAGGAGAAUACGCCAUUCAUUCCUGAUAUGAUUGCAUCAAACUUCCUUCAUGCAUACAUCGUUGUACAAGCCAUCCAGGCUAACUCAGAAGAAACCAAAUAUAAGGUAACGAUAACAGCAAGGAACAAUGUUCCACCCUUUGGUCCAAUCUUGCCAGCUCCAUCAAUCUACAAGAAAGGUUCUGAACUGAAGGAGUUCUUACUCUGUAAGCUCCUCAAUGCUGAACACUCAUGUUACAAAGCUCAGAAGUUUGCCAGUAUCCAAGCCAGAACAAGAAGUGCUUUACUAGAUCAUCUCUACCAUGAUCUGAUGUCAAAGAAUGAAGACAUCUUUUGUGCUGUAGCAGGAGAUGACAUCAUCUCACCUCUCCAGUCCAGUCAGGGUAAGGGAGACUAUUCACCAGGAGGUAACAGCAGACUACUCAAGAGCUUCAAGAACGCCUUUAGAGGGCGCACUACAUCUCUGGAGAGCACAGGGUCAUCAGGGACGCUACCCAAGAAUGUCAAUGGAAAUACAUUGUUUGUCGGAACAGAGGGGUUGUCAAGGCCGCCUGUGGAUCAAGCUGAUAGCACAAGCCCAGCUACGAAGCAGAGAUCAAACAGCAGGUCAUCACAAAGAUCAGUCCAAAGCUUUGGAAGCGCAGACAAGAAAGAACCAAAGAAAAAAAGGGACAGUGUCCUCAGCCGAUCCUCCCAUUCAUCAGAGAGUAUUAACGGUAGCCAAGAGUCUCAUAAGUCUUCCUCUAACUCACUCAACAGUUCACCUGAUAUCAAUGCUAGCUCACAACAGCAAAGGAUAUACACCAGAGUAUCACCUAGUAAUUCAUUGGAUAGCUUCAAUAGUGAUGAAGAUGCCCAGCUACACCACGAGUCACAUGAUCACCAUGACGAUUCUGAUACAGGAAUGGGGAGUAUGUCAUCAAGCAACAAGCCCAGUCCAAUGAAUCCAUGUAUUUGUCCUGAAGGAAAAUGCUCAGCUGCAGCAGAUAUUGAAGCAAACCUAGGUCAGCAGCUGGAAGCUAUGAGGCAAGAGAUCAUGAGAUUGUCAACAGAAAAGAAAGAACUCUUACAACAAAAUGUGACUUGGCAACAAGAUCUAAAGAAGCUAAAGGAACGAGAACUGAAGCACAUGGCUGAGCUUACGGUGGCAAACAAAGAGCUUCAUAGAAUUAAAGAUCACCAUCGUAAGGUGGAAGACAGACUUCAGAAGUCACUCUCAACAGAUGCAUCCAACUGCUGAAGAGAUGUUUCUUCAGCUGCACAGACAUUGCAGAAGAGCGAUGUCCUCAACGCUCAAAGGCACAUUUCUAGAUGCUGAUGUAGGUGUGGACAUCCGGAACUCUUUACAUUGGAAAAUCCUAUAGAUUUGAACAUUUCUGAUGGAAGUGUGUCACAGACACAUAUCUGCAGUUGGGGGAUCAUUGUCCAAGAAACUUGUGCUGUCAUCUAAGAAUGUUGAAUACAAGGGUGAGAGUCAAAGAUAUGACUGUUUGAAAGAUUCUGCUAUUGUAUCAUCACCAUGCAGUUAUGAAACUGAUUUUGAUGCUCAAAAACAGCGCUACUUCAGAUACCUUGUACCAGCGUAGGUCCAAAGUGGUUUGCUACAUUGCUAUUGAGGGCACUGUCAGAGGAAGAAGUCAUCUAGUGAUAGAUGAUAGAAACAGGAUUAAAGCUUUGAAUGGAAUCUGCCUUGAAUGAGAAUGCCUUGAGAAACCUGACCUUGGUGCGAAGAAAUAAUUGACCUUGACUGGUGUUAAAUUCAGAGUUUGGAAUAUUUCAUUGACACCAGAAAGGAGUGUGCUGUGUGAUUUCAUUACAAGGAAAAGAUACACUUAUGACUUUGAUUCCUUGAGAAUUAUUUAUUGAAAUAAGAAUUAUUUCGGUGAUUGUAUGAAUAUGUUAGUGUACUGAGGAUGCAGAUUACCUUUGCUUGUGUUGAUUGAAUCAACCUCUUGCCAAAUCAAUUAAUCUGAUCAUUACUAAAGUUACACAUUGUAAUGGGUGUAUUGCACGGCUCAACAGCCUCUGUAAGCCUACAAAUUGUUACAUAAAGCCAGGUAAGAAGUAAGCCAUUGAAAUAACACAAGGAAUUACACAAUUGUGAUUUUUUUUUUUAGUGUUUUUGUACGAAGCAUACAGUGCUUUAAUAAGUGACUACUUUAUUGUGGUAUAUUGUAAUAAAUUUUGUACCAAAGAUUCUCCAAACCGCCUCCGUGAGCUGUUUCAGGUUCGUGUCAGAAGUUCAGAAAUAAUGAAGGAAGUUGCUUUAAAGAAAAGUGGUGUAGAAUAAAGUGAGGUAUUACUGCAGGUGGCAUUUAUCUGCAGAGCAGCAGAUUUCAGAGUAUGCAUUGGGAUUUGACUUUAGCAUACAAGAAGCUCACAAACCUGUAGCCAAUCAUAGCAUUCAUGUAUGAAAAUCAGUUAAUCUUCUUCAAUAAUUUGAAAAAAGUAAUUUACUGCAUUAUACUUAGUGCUAAGAUUCUUUGUUAGAUGAUGGAUCAUCAUAAAUAUAGUAACAUGAGAAAAACCUUUCAUGAAAGCUCCCUGAGUUUAUCAUCUUGUAAAAAAUAACAACAGUUCUUACAGAACAUUCUUGCAUUGGUUUAAGUAAUUGUCUUGUGUUCAAAACACAAUAUACUGAUGUCACCUUUUCUUAUGAAGGCUUGCUCUUCUACCAACUGAAAGGCUGCGGAAUGCAACUUCUGGCCAAUUAUGAUGAUCUUUCCCCUUUUUUUCUAAAAAGACUUUCAAUCGUCAAUACUUUCUCAAAAUUUGCAGGGAAUAGUCUUUUAUUUUUUGAUGGGAAACAAUGGAUUAUUCUCAUUUGAACAUAUGACCAGUACAUGCAAACCUUGUGUGAAAUUAUUUUUGUAGAGAGAGAGAAGUUUCAGAUCAUAGUAAGCUUGGAUCGGUCAGAGAUAGCCUAUUAAUCCGCUUGUAUGAUACUUGCAUCAGUGUACAUAACUAAACAGAAUGUAUAUACCAUGAAAAUAUGUAAAGAAUUAUUGUCAUAAUUAAAUGCCAUAGGGUCCUUAUGUGGUAUAUGUACAUUUUUUCCAUGUUUUGUCGGUUUUUUGGUAAUCUUGUUGAUUUGAAAUAUGUUUUAAUACAUCGAGUAUGUUUAGUCAUAUUCUGUAAAAAAAAAUUAAAGAGCGUUUCAGUUGGUUGUGAUAUGCAAUGUAACAUACAAAAUCUUAUGAAGUUAUAUAUAUUUAUCAUCAUCCUUGCCCAUUGUAGUUCAUUUUUGGUUUUUAUUUAUCUAUCUUGAUAUCAUUUUUUUAUUAUCUCUAAAGUGAAUAGAGAAUUUUCAAUCAGGGAUUAAAAUGGGAUAUUUCUACUCUCGCUUUAAUUUCCCACUUUAAAUGCAUGUAUAGAUGAAUAUAUCCCUCAUGUUCUCCACAGAGACCAUUAUUUAUUAGACAAUAUUUAUUGGUAUCUCAUUCUGUUGUAUAGUAGAGUGAGAAGGGGAGAACAGUGAAAAAUUGUUCUUUUCUCGAUGUUGGGCGAGUCCCAGACAUUUUUCAUUAUUUAUUAUUCUUGGUAAAAAUUGAAUGAGUGCAAUUGUGGGAUUGGAAUGUUUUCUUCUUAUUUGACCUUUGUAUAGACAAUGUCAUUUGCAAUAAUGUUUUAUUCAAUCUUUACAUAAACUUGAAUUGUCACCCGUUUUUAAAUUUCAAGGUAAUUGAUGCCUGGUAAGUCAAAGAAAUGAAUUGAUAAUUAAUGAAUAACUUCUAACUGUGGAUUGACUCGAAUAAAUAACUUCUAACUGUGGCUUGACUCGAAUAAAUAACUUCUAACUGUGGCUUGACUUGCGUGAAUAAGACAAUUUCCCCUCAUAAUUCUUCAAAUAACCCAGUGGCAUCUUACCUGAAGGAAAGUGAAAUUUUCAUCUUUCAUAGUAAAAAAAAGUUAUUUCCAUUAUCUUAACAAAGUUUAUUAAGUUCCAAGGCAGAAAUGAACAAAAUUCUUAAAUUUUCUUCCAAGAAACCAUUUUAGAGAAAGCACAACGUAAUUAUGUGAAGAUCCAUAUCACAGUCGAUGGUGACAAUGUUUAAUCCGUUCAUAAGUUAUCAAGUUAUGAAGGUAUUUUUUGUACGUGAGACCUGCAACUUUUUCCAAUCAGUUGCCUGAAGGCCACUGAAUACCUUACAACUCGUUAUGGAUCCAAUUUUGGAGGAAAAAAAUUGCUUUUUGCAUUCUUUCUGGCAUUUUUAUCUGAAGUUUUAACAAUGACAAUGCUUAUAUUGCAAUCAAGAUUAUUGCAAGCCUUUAAAUUACGAAGUAAAGUCCAAUUUGUUUUCAAAACUAAGCCUUUUCUUAUUUUACAGAGGAUCAUAAUAGUCACAAUUUUUGUUUUAUUAUUCACUUUAAGAUUAUUCAGAACAUUGGUCGGUAGGAUGUUCCAUUUUCCAAUAUAUCACAUCAAAUGUAUUGUUUUAUUCCAAAGUUGGGUUGCAGACCUGUCUGUAAAAUGUGUAGUAGCAGUAAGAGAAUAAUUCCAAAUCAAGACUACCCAUGUUUGCUGAACUCUUUUUUUGCAACCUGUCAUUAGCACCCCCCCCCCCCCCCUCAUAUCCAUUUCAUUUUUGAGCUAUGUUGUUACACUCAACAGAUGUCUAGUAGUGAGUCCGAUUGAUAAUCUUACUAUUCCAGAGAAAUUCAUUUCCAUUUUACAAAUGACAAGGACAUUUGGAGUUGGCUAGAACUUGAUUGCCUAGCAAAUCAAAAUGGUGCAGAAUUUUUUUUUAACUGUUCAAUGUUUGACUCGUUUUAUUUUUUAUUAUUAUUUAAAUAACUGUUGUGUUCCCUAGACAUCAUCUAUUUGCUGAAAAUAUGAUUUAUGAGUAAAGAAGAACAGAACUCCAAGCAUUGAAUCUAAUGACAGGGAUGGGGUUUCACAAAGCUUCUUGUAACUUUACGCACAACUGGUGACUCUUGGGUGCUGAUACACACUUCCAUUCAAAUCGAUUAUAUUUAAUUUACAAAGAUCGAAAUUCAAAUUUAUGUUGAUCAAAAUUCAAAUCCUUGUGAAGUAAACUUCUCAUUUUUAACAACAAUUUUAAUUCAACUUUUGAUGUUCUUCAUGAUUUGAUAAGGGUUAUAGAAGGCUGCUUGAAUAACAAAAAAAACAGAUGCUUUUAGGUCUCUCACAAAAAGAGUCAGCAGUUGUAUAUAACUUACAAACUGUAUCAUGAAGCAAGCACUUGGUCAUUUUAAUGUUACUUGAAUUGUAUUAAAUGGCUCUUUAGAACCAAUUAACAUAUUGGGCUACAUUCAGAAAGGUGUAUGAAGUUGAAACAUGGUUAGAAACUGAAUUUAAAUGAAAUUAAUUUAAUCUAACUAAAUACAAAGGGUUUUUUAUGAAAUAUUACAUGUGGCAGACAAAUGGCAGAAUUGGUUCAAUUUACAAUUGCAAUACAUAUAUACAAAUGUGGUUUAGAAAAGAAAACUGUAAAAUACAAAUAUAUGAAGUACAACACAACUCAUGAAGAAAACAAUUUAAAUCAUUUAUAGCUAAAAUCUACCAGAUUCGUUACGUUUAAUCCUUGUUCAAAUCUUCUAGCCUCCAAGCAAGUUAGUUUUCUUGCAAUAUUCCAUUCCAUUAACGCAUCAAAUUUUCUCUAGCUAUUCUCAAUUAUUCAUUUAGUCUGUAAUUUAUUUCCAUGUUAGAUUAUUGUCGUGAAUCAACUUGAAGUAUUGUUGCUUGGAAAUUCCGAGGUAGAUUACAGUGAUAAAAUCCAUUAAGAGCCAAAAGGCAUUGGAUGAAAAAAAGAGCCUUAGACUUUGCAUAUGUGUCUGGGACUGAUACCAAGGCCAAUUAAAAACUGGCCUUUUGUCAUUCCCAAUAGACCGUAAUAUUACAUGAUGAUUGUAGCUGACUAGAAAUCAGACUUGCAGUGAUUUUCUUUUUUACGAUUUAUAUUUUUGUUCACGUCUUAACGGGGCCUAGAUGAAGGCUGAAAUUAGUUUUAAUAUUCAAAGCACCUUUUUGUCCUAGAAAUACAAUGUCCAUUUUGACUUUUUGAAAGUUCAAGAUUUCAUAGUUUUGUUAUUAUUUUCUCAAGUAAAAUUGGAAAUAAAAUAUAUGUCAUAUGCGCAAUA